AUGAAGUCCUUUCAGUCGUCAAGAAUAAUUUUAUGUCGCGCUUUUUCUACUACCAAUAAAAUUUUACAAAGGCGGCGACCUGGUGCGAAACGCGAAAAAAAAGAGUUUGACCUCGAAAUGCUGAAUGACUAUAGUUUCGAUAGCAUGUCUAAACCAGGAUAUGAUAUAUUACUUGCGCAAAGUGAGAUUCGGAAGUACCUUCGAAAAGCAGAAUAUGAAUUGCCGCAACUUACUAAGUUUGCCGAACCUUAUAAACCCCCUAGUUCAGACAAAAUAUUAUGCUUUAAAACAAUGUAUUACAUUGGAGAAGAACAUCCUAUACAAAAUAAAGUUGUUAUGACUGUUAAAGAGAAAGAUUUAUCAUUAAACAAGGAACAAUUACAUAAAUUUAAAGUUUUAUGUGGACCGAGAUAUGAUGGUAAAGGAGAAUUUAAAUUUUCUUGUGAAAAAUUUCCUCAUCAGGCUCAAAAUAAAAAAUAUCUAAGUGAUCUGAUGGAUCGGCUCUUAAAAGAAGCCAGAGAUGAUACAGAGACUUUUGAUAAUAUUCCUGUAGAUCUUAGACAUGUUAAACCGAAAAAGAGGCACCCAUUUCCUAAAGAAUGGCUGCGUCAACCAAAAAAUAAUUUAAAGCUUACAAAUCAAGUAUCGACCACUGUUGAUAGUACAAACUUGAUUACUGAUACUAUAGUUUCUGAUGAUGAUUCAUCUAUUAAGCAAGAAACAUUAAUACAUGAAACUGUAACUGUAAAUUCAUAG